AGCUAAGAAACCCUACUCAUGAAGGUGGAGUAGCAGGGCGGUUACUUGUGGAUCUGCAACCUCGGACUGCGUGGCGGACAGACUGUUUGGCUAAUAUAGGACAGAGGAGCUGUCCUUCGGUUUGGGUGCUGAAAUAGAUUUUCCAGGUUGUUUUCCGUAGGCUUGCUGGCAAUUUGAAAGUAAUGUAGGGUCGUGUCUACCGAUUAAUUCAUUAUUUAAAAAAAGUUUGUGUAGCCUAUGAAGCGAAUCAAAUAUGGGAUUAUAUCACAAUUUAUUUUGCCGAAGACGUUUGGUUGAGGACGAUCCUACACUUAAUUCAGUCAUCCACCAUCCUCAUGCAGUGGUGACCUGAGAGCGAGCCAAGAUGCCUGAGAUCUGCACGGAGCAAUCUUAUCCUAACCAUGGCUGCAGGUCUGUAAAUACAGCGGACAACCAAGGCCAGAUUAAGAGUGGCAGCAGGCUGUCUCGCUUUGAAGGGUUGGUGAAGGGCUGGUCAUCUCAUAUUGGCAGGCCUUCAGACUCAACCAUUGAGUCACACACAGAGUUCAGACAGGCCUGGAGGGCAGAGAGGCUGUCUAACACAAGACUCUCUGACCAGGUCAACAGGAGAACCAAUGGACAGUGGCCCUUGGCGGUGUACAAUAUGAACAACUGCAACAACAAUGACAAAAAAGAUGACAAGAAGGAAGAUGGAAAAAAGGAUGAGAAGAAGGAUGAGAAGAAGCCGGAUCCCCCAAAGCCUCCUGAUAAAAAGCCAGAUGAUAAGAAACCAGAACCGCCGAAAGAGGUAUGGAUCAUUGACCCCGCUACAGACAUGUACUACAACUGGCUGACAGUAAUGGCUGUACCAACGUUUUACAACCUGAUGCUUCUGGUGACAAGGGCCAGUUUCAAUGACCUGCAGUUCAACUACACAUAUUUGUGGGUGGUCCUUGAUUACACUUCGGAUGUCAUUUAUUAUAUUGACACUUUUGUGAGAUCUAGAACAGGCUUCCUGGAACAAGGAUUGCUUGUCAAGGACCCAGUGAAACUAAAAGAAAACUACAGGGCCCAUUCACAGUUUAAAUGGGACAUCAUAUCGAUGAUACCUACAGAUCUCGCUUAUAUUGUAUAUGGUUUCGACAAUCCGGAGUUCAGAUUCAACCGCCUUGGCAAGAUGGCACGGCUCUUUGAGUUCUUUGACCGAACAGAAACCAGGACGAACUACCCCAACAUUUUCCGAAUCGGGAACCUUGUGCUUUACAUCCUGAUCAUCAUCCACUGGAACGCCUGCGUCUUCUAUGCUCUCUCCAAACUACUGGGCUUUGGUUCAGACACCUGGGUGUACCCAAACCUCACUCACCCCGAGUUUGGCCGCCUGAGCAGGAAGUACGUAUACUGUCUCUACUGGUCCACCCUGACUCUGACCACAAUUGGAGAGACACCACCACCGGUCAACGAUAUUGAGUACCUGUUUGUGGUCUGCGAUUUCCUGACAGGCGUUCUGAUUUUCGCCACCAUCGUCGGCAAUGUGGGUGCCAUGAUCUCCAACAUGAAUGCUGCACGUGCCGAGUUUCAAGCCAAGAUUGACUCCAUCAAACAGUACAUGGAAUUUCGUAAGGUUUCCAAGGUCCUGGAGGCUAGGGUGGUCAAGUGGUUUGAUUACCUCUGGACAGAGAAAAAGACCUGCGAUGAGAAGGAGGUCCUGAAGAACCUGCCAGACAAGCUGAAGGCGGAGAUCGCCAUCAACGUCCACAUGGAAACACUGAGCAAAGUGCGCAUCUUCCAGGAUUGUGAAGCAGGCCUUCUGAUCGAGCUGGUCCUCAAGCUACAGCCUCAGGUCUUCAGUCCCGGAGACUACAUCUGCAAGAAGGGCGACAUCGGCAGAGAGAUGUACAUUAUCAAAGAGGGGAAGCUGGCUGUGGUGGCGGAUGAUGGGGUCACACAGUGGUGUGUUCUGAGCGACGGCGCAUACUUCGGAGAUCUCAGUAUCCUGGGUAUUAAGGGCAGUAAGGCCGGCAACCGGAGAACGGCCAACAUCAGGAGCGUGGGCUACUCGGACCUCUUCGCCCUGUCUAAAGACGACCUGAUGGAUGCUCUCAUCGAGUACCCCGACGCCAAGGGUGCUUUGGAGGAGAAAGGCAGAGCCAUCUUGAUGAAGGACAACCUCAUCGACGAGGCCGCGGGAGACGUAAUUGACCCCAAAGAAAUGGAGAAUAAAGUGAUUACGAUGGAGACUAACAUGGAAGUCAUGACACUCAAGUUCACUCGAAUGAUUGCAGAGUACGAAACAUACCAGGCCAAGGUCAAGCAGCGCAUCAGCAACAUAGAGGCCAGGGUCAAAACCCUCAGGGAGUAGGAUAGAGGAGCUGAUGAAGGAAAAAUCUGCAGACUUGUGCAGUAGUUCACUCAGUACACUUGACAUACAUUAAAUGUGUCAAUCUAUUGCCUAUACUAACCCUUUAGAUCUGUUAGGAAAGGGUAUUCCAUCGAGGGGGGUUAUAAUAAUCCCAGAUGCAUUGUUGGAACUAUUCAAUAGUACAUUUACAGAGUGAAAUGUAAAUAAUGCAGUAAAAACAUUCAGAAGUUAAUCAUACUGUGAUACUUGCUGGUGGCAAGUGGUUGCACUUAAAAAAUAAAGUUGCAAUGAAAUAGUAUGUUUCUGGUUUACCACCUUUCCCAAGUAACAUUUCUGUAAGUUUUUCCCCAGAGGUUGACCAACUCAUACAUAAUGUGGGUUUCUGAAUAUUUAACAUUUUCCAUACUACAUGUAUUUGGAUUAACUUCAUAUGAGGGUAUGAGUAAAACUGUGGAAAACCUCUAUUCAAACCUAUCUGUUCCAAUAGAUUGCAAUAAACUCUUCAUGUAC